CAGAUCUGUUGGUGUCUCCCUUUCAUUUGAUACAGAUCACCCAGUCCAGUUUGCGCUCCCACGACACAACUCUGCGAUGCCCAAACGACAGAAAAGGCGUGUCUGACAAAACAUCUGGACCAAUAGUGGAAAAAAGAAGGCGGAGCCGGCCGAUUCGCCGAAAAGGGGGAGAGAUCGCACGGCAGAGAGGUCUUUUCGGGUUUUGGGUUGGGAAAGUUAGGAUGCACCGCACGCCUAUUUGAUUGAAACACAGAGAGAAGGCAAAGAUGGGUUUACUGUGAACAAACAGAAGAAAUUGGGGGUUCGGAGAGGAAAUUAUUUGUGCUGUUGACAAAAUUAAAAAAUAAAGACAAGGAACAAGGAACUGCGAAGAAAAUAAAUUAGGCCACAAAAUAAGCUAGUCCUUGUCUUUUUGUUUUUUUAUUUUUUUAUUUUUUUGGAACGCAACCCGAAGAGAGGAGAAACUACCAACUAGCCUACAGCCUCCAGUCCCCGGGAGAGAGAAAGAAAGACAGUCUAGGCUACUGGCUACAGAGGCUGAAAAGAAAGGACCCUCACAUCGCCGUGGCCCGCAAGAUAGACAGCAAGAGGCGACAAAGGGGAAAGGAAUCCCCCAACUCCGAACAAGCAGGUUGCCAAGGCAACAGGGCCGUGAGGCAGUGGCGCGUCCUGAGAGGGGGGGUUGGUGCCGAUGUGAGCCCCGGAGACCCCACAUGUCCCAGCGCUGAGACCCCGCAGUCACCCGCCAUCUCGCUGGGGCUCCACAGCCACUCACUCACUAUCACCCGCCGCCACCACCACCACCACACACACAUGUGCAUGUAACAGACCUUGAAAAGAACGGCAGACUCCCUGAGAGAGCGAGAGAGAGAGAGGGGAAGAGAUGCUCUGAUCAAAGACAACCACCGACUGGACACACACACAUGCACACACACACACACACAUACACACCCACCCUCACAGACACACACUCUCAACCUAACACCGUCAAACUGUAACAGAUCCUCCCCCCGGUGUCCUGUCUCUGAGCGAGUCGAGUGAUGAGCGGCGAGCGCGUGCACAGCGUCAACCUGCACAACUUCAGCUCGUCCGUGCUGGAAACCCUCAACGAGCAGCGCCAGCGGGGGCACUUCUGUGACGUCACCGUCCGCAUCCAUGGCAGCAUGCUCCGCGCACACCGCUGCGUCCUGGCCGCAGGCAGCCCCUUCUUCCAGGACAAGCUGCUUCUGGGCUACAGUGACAUCGAGAUCCCGGCGGUGGUGUCGGUCCAGUCUGUGCAGAAGCUCAUCGACUUCAUGUACAGCGGCGUCCUGCGCGUGGCCCAGUCCGAGGCGCUGCAGAUCCUCACGGCGGCCAGCAUCCUGCAGAUCAAGCGCGUCAUCGACGAGUGCACGCGCAUCAUGGCCGGCACGCCGGGCGGCUUCGGGGCGACCUCGGGCUCCACGGGGCACGGCGGCGACUCGUGCCAGGAGACCACGCCGCGCGGCACGCCCGAGUCGGGCACGUCGGGCCCCAGCAGCGACGCGGAGAGCGGCUACAUGAUGGCGGCGCAGCAGCAGCACAGCCUGGAGCGCGUCUACACCUCGCUCUACUCCGGCCUGAGCGUCCAGAACGGCAAGGACGGCGGCGGGCACCACCAGGGCUACCUGCACGCGGGCGGAGGCGGCGUGGGCGGCGUGGGAGCGGGCACCCAGGGCCAGGAGCCCGCCUGGAUCGCGCGCAUCCACGAGAGGUCGCAGCAGGCGGUGGAGCGUUACCUCAGCACCACGCCCGAGAGCUCCGGCCACUGCCGCAAGCAGCCGCGACCCGUCAGGCUGCACCCGGGGGGGCUGCACAUUAAGCAGGAGUCGGAGGACGACUACGGCAGCUAUAUGUCCUACUCGUCAUCAGGUGGCGGCGGCCUGGGUGGUGGGGACGAGGGCUCCGAGAGCGAGCCCAAGGGCGAGAGCUUCGACUCGGGUGUCAGCUCCUCGGUGGGCACCGAGCCGGACUCCGCCGAGCAUGCCCACCAGCAACAUCACUUCCUGUUCGGGGGCCGGGAGGAGGCCUCGUCAGACCCGGGACGCCCCUCCCCCACCCACCACGGCCCUCCCUCCUCCCUCUCCAUGGCGCGCAUCGAGGUCAGCGAUUCGUCGCCGGAGCGGACGCUCCACGAGUCGGACGGCGCUCUCGGGUCAGGGUCGAUGGCGUCCGGCGCCAGCCCCGUGGAAACGCUGAUCCCGCAGUCGCCAGGGGCAACGAUGCCCUCGGCCCAGCUGUACCUGCGGCAGGCGUGCGAGAGCCCCGCGGGCGGUCUGCGGCUGCCACUCACGCUCACCAGCAACAGCCAGGUCAUUGGCACCGCCGGCAACGCCUACGUGCCAGCCAUCUUCGCCGCUCAAUCCUCCAGCGCCUCCAAGCCUUUCCUCUUCAGCCUGCCCCAGUCCAUGGGCUCCAGCGGGGGAGCGGGGGGGCAGUUUGUCAGCGUCCCCCCCGCGCCCCCCACCCACGGCCCGCCGGGGUUGUCCCCGUUCCCGGGGGGAGGGGGUGGCCAGCCCGGGGGUGCCGGGGGGGUGGCCGGGCAACAGGGAGAGAAGAAGCCGUACGAGUGCACGCUCUGCAGCAAGACCUUCACCGCCAAGCAGAACUACGUCAAGCACAUGUUUGUGCACACAGGUGAGAAGCCGCACCAGUGCAGCAUCUGUUGGCGUUCUUUCUCUCUGAAAGACUACCUGAUCAAGCACAUGGUCACCCACACCGGAGUGCGCGCCUACCAGUGCUCCAUCUGCAACAAGCGUUUCACGCAGAAGAGUUCCCUCAACGUCCACAUGAGGCUGCACCGCGGGGAGAAGUCCUACGAGUGCUACGUCUGCAAGAAGAAGUUCUCCCACAAAACCCUGCUGGAGCGCCACAUGGCUCUGCACGCCGGCGGCGUUGGCGUUGGCGCCGUGGGCAUGGGCGGAGUAGGCAGCGGCAUCUCUGCUGGCGUGGUGGGGGUCACCAGCGGGAUCCCGGGGAUGGGCACGCCCGGCGUCGGAGUGAUCGGAGUCGGAGGAAUGGGCGUCGCCGGAGGGGCCGGGAGCGUGAAUGUGGUGGGAGGGGCCGGCGUGAUGGGCGGAGCCAGCGUGAGCGGCAUCAGCGGAGCGGCAUCGGUCGUCACGGGGACGGGGGGAGUGGCAUCCUCCGUGGCCAUGACCCUGUCCGACCCCGGGGUGUCGGCUCUCGCCGUGGCGUCCGGAGGGGGAGGGUCCGGGUCAGUCGGAGUCGGGACAGCGAUGGGUGUGGUGUCUGAAGGAGCCGCCUCCCACCAGGAGUCGACGACGUACGUCUGCUCCGUCUGUCCUGCCAAGUUCGACCAGAUCGAGAUGUUCAACGACCACAUGCGCAUGCACGUGACGGAUGGCUAAGACGUCGCGUUUCACCAGCCAAGCAGACAACCAAUCAGAAUCCAGUCAGCCCAUCUACACAAUUAAGCAGCAGCAAAACCCCAUCAGUCAAAGCAACAGCAACAGUGUUCUCAAUCAAGCCCAACAUCAUCAGCUCACAGAAAUCAACAGUUCAAACCCGGAUGUUUUACCAGAAAAUCAAAGAAAAUAACUUCAGUUUGUUUUGGAUGAGUGGAGAUGAAAAAAAAUGAAUGGAGGAUAUAAAAACAUACCUAAAAUGGCACUAGAUUUUUUUUAAUUUUCUUUUUAUCUUUUUUUAAUUGUCUUAAGUGAUCUUUUUGAAGGCAAUGUUUGAAUAUAUAUAUAUAUAUACAUAUAUAUAUAUAUAUAUAUACAUAUAUAUAUAUGUUGUUAGCACAUGUAUGCUACUACUGGCACAUUUUUGAAAUAUUUUGUCUUUAUCUUAUGAUGUUUCCCAGAGAAAAAAAACAAUGUUUUAUGUGUUCUUGUUCUCCUUACAAUAUUAUAAUUUUUUGGUGUUACGAAUUUCUUCAUUGUUGCCUUAAAGGCUGAUGCACAGUAACAUUGGCUGACCAAUCCACUGGUUGGAUUUUGUUGUCACCGUAGUUACUAGUCGGCCUCUAAACACACCGAUAAAAAAGGUAAAUAUUUGUUCACGCUCUGACUGAGCUUAAAAAGGUAAAUAUUUGUUCAUGCUCUGACUGAGCUUUAAAAUAAGUCCUAUGUUUAUUGCCGAUUUCGUUACGUGUUAAACACUACUAGAAUCUGGCGGGAAAAAAAAAAACCUAAGAUACAAAACACCCACAACCACACGUAAAGCCAGUUCUGCAAUGCCCUAAAACAGUACAAAGCACUGUAAGUGCGACGUCCACACACACCCAAAGCCAGUUCUGCAAUGCCCUAAAACAGUACAACGUUGUAAGUGUGACGGCACGUUCAGCACCGGUGAAUGUGCUCAGACACACAGAUCGACAGUGUCCCGCAUGAUCCAGUGUCAUAGUAUUGUACAAUACAAUAUUCCCAAAAUAUUGCCGUUUUUAAAAUUUUACAGUGUAGAAACAAAAACGGAAUAGCUAAGAAUACACGUUUCGAAUUAGCAUCCUUCAAAUUUUAGUUGUAGACCGAACUUUGAACAGCUGAAAAGCGUUCAAAAAUUACUGUGGUAUCAUGUUGACACAAUUUUUUAUUAAGUUUUUCGACGACACACAGAAAAAAAGAAAAAAAAUAGUAGAAAAAUAUUGAGACACAGAUAUGCCUUGUUCAUUUUUUCAUCUGUGUGGGGAUUGUAAAACGUGAGAAUUGUCAACACUGGGUUUGUGAUUAUUAACGAUUAUUGUUAUUGUUGUUACGAUAAUAAUAGUUGUUGCUGUUAUUUAUUGAGCGUUUGCUGAUAUGUGGGAAUAUGUGGUAAAAUGGAAAGCAAUGUUGCAGCUGUUGUCAUGACAAUUAUGAUUGUCAUUUUAGAAAAAAAGGUGGUACAAUUUGGCUUGUGUUUGUUAGAUGUUGGAAAAUUACAGAAAAGACAAAAAAAAGAUUCUUUCACGUAAAAUUGGAAGAAUUGUGCUCUCACAAAAUAUUUUCAUUUUGUUGUCAUGUUUUAAUUUUGACUUAAUUUACAAUUUUCCCAUCUUUGUGGAUGCUGAUCGAUCUUACCAAUAAUUAAGAAUAUUUUAUAGUCACAAAAUGCUUGAAGGUCAACUCUUUCCACAGUGUGUGCUUGUUUUUAUAAAUAUCCAAAGUUUAAAAAAAAAGUGGAAAAAGAUUCUACAUGCUUUAACGCACAUUCUAUUUGAUUGGUUUGACUUUUAGUCCUGCAUCGCACUGCCACAAUAAUCCCUUUGUGCAAAAAACACAACACAAAACAAAAAAAUCUUGACUGUUUCUAAAGACCUCUUCCACUGAAACCAUACAUGCACACAGUCAAAUUCCAGAAGUAAACUGAAUAUUUUCCAGCUUUAACCAAGAAACAUGAACGUCUUUUCAAAAUUGUGUUCAUGAUGAAAAGUUUGAUUAUAAUCAAUAAUAAUAAUGUUUUAUUAUUAUUGUUAUUUGAUAAAUAACAAAAAAUUGACAUGAAGUGCGAAGCUAAGCUAAUGCCUGCUUUUAUCGUUUUCUGGCACCUUCUGAAAAAUUAUUUCUUUGCCUUUUAUCUCAAAAUAACUUGGUCAAAGUGAGCUUUUUUGUUUUGCACUUAGUAAAGCAGUCGACUACAAAAUAUUUGCACUCUAUUUUUUUUGCGAACAUAACUUCUCAACAAGAGAUUUGGUCUGUUAUCAAAUUGUCCUCCAUAACAAUUUUUGGUUUCGAACACAGAUUAUAAGUAUCGUCGCAGGGGUUGGUUUUCCUUUUUGUAAAAAAUAAAUCUCAGUGUCCAUUCAGUUUUCAUGCUAUAUUUCACUUGCCCCAUUCUUGGCAAUCCUCGUUGGAAUGCUUUAGCUGAACUGCCUAGCUAUCAGGAUGACAUUAACACAUCUGGCCUCUGCUGUGCUCCUGCCCAACCCCUGUCAUUAGAACAAACCCUCAAUUCAAUCAAUCUGUUUCAAAUGUAAAGUAGUCAAGACAUGGACAGCCAACCCCUGUGAAACUAUAUCUUGUCAACUCUUAGAACUCUGCCAUUUAUUUUCUUGACCAAAAAAAAAAGACCAUUUUAUGUCCAAUUUUACUUUGUGUUUUGUUGAAUGUGAAACUUGAGAAAUAAUCCCUUUUCCUGCCUAUCAGCCAGCGAGAGAGUAGACAGGGCACUGUACCCCCUCCCCUCUCCGGUGGGCUUCGUCUGCCCCUAACCCCAACCCCAAGCUUAGACUGUAAUAAGGGGAGAGAGUCCUGUCCGUUUACAUGACUAUACGAGACGCCUUGGCAAGGCGUUGCUGAUUUGGCUCCUAUUUAACAAAUGCACUAUCGCUGCUUGUUCAUUUCUUCCUCUUCAAACUGCUUGACACAGACUGUCAGAGAUGAAUGUUUGGCAUGCUAUAAUGUAACCCCCCCCCCCCCCCAAGACACACACACACACAUAACCCUCCCACCCUAACCCCCAUUGAUUACAAUUCUCAUAAACGGUUGUCAUUAAAAACAUCAGCCAACAUGUAAAAACAUCAACACUCCUGUAUGAAGCCUACGCACCCCUGAGGAAAAUAGAUGAAAUAAGAUAAAAUUGAAAAACAUUCACAACAGCAACAUACAACAAGACACUGUCAGAUAUGCAAUUUAAAGACCACCUUCAGGAAAUACAGCAGUGUCAGUCAUGCAGAGCAGCUUGACGUACAGGAAGCGGUUGGCUGGUUUGACUAGUACAUAGAGUAGUAUUUUCAUUUAGGCAAAACUCAUCACAAACCUAUUGGGGCUUGACUUCAGUAAAGGCAUCAGGGUGUAUGCUCAUCCUUUUUUUUGGUCAUCGUUUUCCAGAUGGGUGAUACUUUCUUGAAAUGUGGAGCAAAGAAAGCUUUCUAAACACGUUUUUUUUGCAUGCUUAGUGCUAUCCAAGAAAUUCAUGUUUUUGUAUUUAAAGUUCAAAGGUUAGCUUCAUGUAGUGCACUCCUAUCUUUUUUUUUUUUUUUGUCCAGUCUUGUCCAAACCUUUAUCAGUAUGCUGCAAUUUAGUGAAUCGUUAAAAUGUAAAAAAAAAAAGCACCUUCAGCAGUUUCAUACAUUCCUAUGUGCAGUUUGGGCAGACUAGCUGAGAGAUGUAUCCUGAUCACCCAAAUGCUCAGAUUGCCUGAUCUGAUCUGAGCCCUGAGCGUCCGGACUGCCGCCCCAAUCAGUGAGCAGUGUCAGGCUACGUCCUGGGCUCAUUGGCCAAUCCUGCUGCCACUUGUUUUGCCUUGAAGGUGGCACAUAAGAACUAGCCAAGACCUCCCCUCCCACUCCCCCAUCCCCCAAACACACACGUGUAUAAACAUAUUUGGGCUUUUUGAUACUUUAACCAAUGUGGCUUCUGAUAUUCAUUAGAUCUCAAAUACAACAAUAAUAGACCAAUAAAAUGAACCAUUUUUUUUAUCCAAAAGCAACAAAAACACAGAAAGAAACAUGUAAUGGAAGAUGCCAGAUUGGUAUCAACAAGGAAAUGUAGAGUUAAUGCGGGAGAUAUGCUACAUUUUUGCUUUUUUCCCAUUUUAUUUGCACAUGUUCACUUCCUAAAUUUUGCCUGUGCUUUUGUUUUAUAAAUGUAAAAAAAAAAACAUGAAAUGUGUUGAAUUGUUUUAGUGUUGUCUUUGAUUUUCUUCUUUGUAACUUUUAGUUUUUCUGUGUGAGACAGUGAAACAGUGAUUUUGUAAUUUCUGUCAGACUUUGUUUGUUUCAAGUUCUGUUGUCGUUCAUAUAAAGGAAUAUUGUUUUUGAAUGGAUGGAAAUGUAAAACAUGAAACAGAACUGUGGCUUGAAAGAAAGACUGGCUGUCACCUUUCCUCCUGUUUAACAGGGGGCUCUGUUGCAUAUUUUUGCGGAAAAAAAUGUUGCAUCUACAUUGCACUGUUUUUUCGAUAAAUUUAAUACCCCACGAAGUGCACUAUUUACUGUUUUAUUAAUAAUUGUGAUUACUUCUUAUUAAUUAUCAUCACAAUGCGAUUUAUGAUGCUGUUACACCGAAAUAGAUUAUAGUGUUUAGAGAUGAAUAAUUGCAAAUAUAUAUUUUUAUUUGUUUGUUGUUUUGAGGUUGGAAAUUUCAAGUGAAUUUGGAUGGGUGACUAGGGGGAAGUUGAGAGGGUGUUUGAAAUUAUGCUCUUUGUUUAAUUGAUUUUACUAUUUUGAAGCAGUGUAGUUUUGUUGUCAGAGCUUGUUUGUUGUCUGUUAUUUUAUCCUUUCUUUGACUGAUUUGCCUCUAGCAUCACCUUUGUUCCUCUUUUCUUAUAUCCCCUGAACUUGUCACUUACCUUCCCCCGACUUAUUUCACAGUUACUUGUUUGGUGGCUUCCUUCUAAUCCUGUGUCAAAACUUGUGACCGUAAAAAAAAAAAAAAAAUUACAAUGCAGAAUAAGAUAACGCAUAGCUUGACUUUGAACAUCUUAACGUUAAAACACAUAAGUGUAUCAUCUUUAUAAACUUGUGUUGCUGUCAAUGAUCAGUAGGGCAGGUUAUGAGUGUCGUCGUUCUGGCUGAGUUCUAAACCCAAAGCUAUCGAUGGUGCUUCCAAACUACUGCCGCCGUAGAGGAGCACUGUUCCAGUCACCGUUGCACCCUCACACACACACACACACACACACACACACACACACACACACACCCGAUCCAAGCCCUUCACCUGGGGGAAAUGUUAUGUGAUCUGAGCAUGACCUUGAGUCAGUACAGCCUAAAUUAGUACUGAUGUUGACUGAUUUAUCUCAAGUUUAAAUGUUAUGCACACAUGGAGAAUAGCCUACCAUUUUAAUCCUGGCUAAAUUAACUUAAGCGCUACACACACACACACACACACACACACACAUCACAGAGAGAGAGACAGCUUGAGGUGAUAAGUAUUACCAUAUGAGACUUGAGGUAGCAUGCUUGGCUACAGUGCUAGGGGCUAAGUCAGUAACUCAGCUGCUAACUUUGCCAUAGAGCCAGAUGACCAGGUGCUAUCGAGGCUGAAGCCCGGUAAAGUGGGUCCAAACUAUGACGCCACCUUCCUGUGGCUUAACAACACAUAUUGCAAAAUUGACCUGAAAAUGAGAAUUUUCUAAAUUCGUGCUGACAAACAAAUGUGUGACCAGUCACACUUCUUGCUGUGUCACUGGUUUCCACAGAGCUCUGAUGUUGUGAGCCAUUGUGUAGUCUUCUGCAGCACACGUGCUGGAACGCUAGCUAAUUAGCUUGUGUGAACUUAACAUCCUUGUAUUUGGUGCCAUUAAGAUGCAAGCUUGUGUGAAGUUAACAUCUCUGCAUAUGGUGCCAUCAGGAUGCUAGCUGGUUAGCUUGCUUGCAUGUAGCUGUGCUCUCAGCUGCCCUACAUAAUGAUGCAACGGUAGGCAACGAGACAUCAGAGAUGUCUUAGCCCAGCACUCCCAAAGGGCCACCAGCUUCCUGCUUUACACUGGGAAAACCCUAUAGGAAGAUCAAUCAGUCACUGUGCAUGUAUAUAUUCACACACAUUUUCUCUGACACACACACAAACACACAUACACACACACACACCUGCCUUAAUUCUAAUUCCAGUAAAUGCACUAUUUGGUUGAAGAGGUGCUUCAUUGCUGUCCUACUAGCUAUGUUGAGUUUCGUGUCAGAAGAUCUUUGUGUAGUAUUAUAUAAUGACCACAGUAACAAUUCAGUGUCCACUUCAGAGGGUUUGGUUGUUGUGUGUUGGUUUUAUGAACAAAUUGGAUGUUGUUUCAGUAUGGACUUCCUGUUGUCCCAGUGAGGUAGAGGACUGGUAUGGGUGAUGAAAGAACGAGAGGGGCCUGAAUAUUCUCUUACUUUUUUUGUUUUAGGGUUUUUGGAUUUCUGUCUCUAAAACAAAACGAGAAGAGACUUCUUAAUAUGGCACUUAAAGAUGAUAAUAAUUUGUCUUAAAUAUGUCUCAUUUGUAGUUAUUGUCUCCUGAAGUUUGCCCUUUUUAUUUGGUGUCAAGCCUUUUGCAGAUUCACAGUUCUUUGCCAGCAUUUCGACAUCCUAUAUAGUCACCUUAAUAUCUUGUGUUACACCUCCAGCAAUGCCUUCCUCCAAUAUAUGUCAUUUGUAUGUGUGGGUGGGGACAGGGGUGGGGGGUGUUGUGACGGUGAUGUGACGGUCAGGAAAAGGAUUGUUGUGCCCUUAAGCUGAUGAUAUUUCACAUUCUUUGUCUGGUGUGGGUAAAUAUGAAAAAAAAAAAAAUGACCAAAAAAAACCAAACAAACAAUAAGUAAAAAAAAAAAAUGAAGCACAGCUUCUUUCAAUGACUCUGUUGCAUUUUCGUAUUCCAAGUUCCUUUGUGUUCUGCUGUUGUUGACCGGUGUGGUUCAGCACUGUCCUCUGUGCAUCUCUAGUUUAGUGUAGAGGCCGAGGUCCAUAUUCCUCACACGCCAUCAAAAUGUUCCUUUUCAGUAAGCUUCACAAGUAAAUGCUUUUAACAGCAAUUUUGCAUAAAGUCUUCUUUCACUUUGAAAUCUGUCAUUUUGAAAAAAAUAAUAAUAACAAUAGUAGUGAACACAUAUAUGUACUUUCAUAGUCACUCUUCUCAUAAUACAUUUUUGAAAGCGUAGUUUUUCUGUUUUUAUUUUUGUUCUGUUUUAAUAGUAACCAUAACAGUAGUUGUACCAGUACCAGCGGGCGUGUAGGGUUGUAGCUUCUGUCUUGUGUGGGGUUUUCUCUGUCGGGUCUACUUUCUGGUGUUUCAUUGUGCUCCGUCGUGAUUUUUUACUUCUCUCAGAUUCCUUCCUGUUUUGUUGAGGCGAUGCACACAGUGGACACGUUCCUGGAUGUUUUUAACUGAUGUGGAUUUCUGUGUUUUCCGGCCGUUGGUUCCCUGUCAGUCAGUCCGCGCACAGAGAGAGGCUCGAGAUGAAGGUGCAGGAGAAACAGCCAUGAAAGAUACACUUCUCACUUCUGUCUUGGUAUGUCUCUUUAGUAUACUCUUGGCUUCCAGAUUUGCCUGAAACCAAAUCCACAGCAUGAUGUAUACCACAGAUGUAUUAUGCCAUGUUUGUCUGAGUUGGAGUUAGUUUUCUGUCAGGAUGAGUGCCGUAUAGACACAUACCACGAACGUAUAGCGCCAUGUUUGUCUGAGUUGGAGUUAGUUUUCUGUCAGGGUGAGUGUCGUAUAGUCAGAGAGGUCAAACACUGUUCUUUGCACCUGAGAUAGCUUGCCUUAAUGUUGUUGUGUGUGAUGGAUGUGGCUUGAGUACGCAAGUGUGGCUUGAGCAUGUUAGGUUCUUCUAAUUGGCCUUUCUUCAUGGCAGCAAUUGGCAACUCGUUGUCCGGUCACUGUCGGACACUUGGCAGCGUUCUGGAACUAAAGUUGGUAGGAGGGUGACCUAACAGUUCUUCUGAUGCCUUCAGCAAACCACUGUGACAUUAUCUUGGACUAUUGUGCCAUCAUCAGACCAACCUGUCCGAUAGGGCCAUUCUUAAACUCCACAUACAAUUAGUUCUGUGACCAAAUGUGACAUUGUAGAAAUGCUGUGUCAUUGCGAGUGUUCCUGCAGUAAAAAUGCUGUGUCAUUGCGAGUGUUCCUGCAGUAAUUCUUCAUCUCAAAACUGUGACGUUACACCCAAGGAAAUUAUUUGGCCAUGCCCUGUAAUUCCAACUUUAUGCAACUUUCCAUGACAUCAUUUUUGAGGAGAGAAAAAAAAUGUUCAUAGUAGUAUUAACAAUCCCACCAUUCUGUUUGUCAUAACUGAAAGCUCUGGUUUGUCCAGUUCUUUUUCUUAUUAUAGACCAAUUAUAUGUAGAAGCAGAAAAUGAAUAGCAGACAGUGGAAUUUUAAAUACUGCAUGAGACUCAGACCUAGUCUGCAGACGCAAGUGCCUAUGAGAAGCACAGCUAUGUGCACGAGCCCCAGUGUCGUCCUUCUGUAGCGGCUCCUCCCACUCCACACCACUCACACCGUUAGCAGAAAUACAGAGAGAGAUAAAAGCUGUUAGUUACUAUUACCAGUAAUCUCCAGAGCCGGACUCGAGCACUGUCUGAUCUCUGAAUAAGACCGUUUGUGCCCUGACACCCAGGCCAGCUGACUCUGAUACACCCCUGCGCUGAGUGACCAGUCUAGGGUUACAGUGACCGGUUGUCAGUGGCCGGUCUAGAGCAUACUGAUUGCUGUAAGAAAAGUUGGUCAAAGGCACUCAGUUGAAAAAAUAUAAAGCCUUUAAUAGUACAUGGCAAGGACUAAAAACAUACGCCGACGCGUUGCGGCCACAUACUGAUUGCUGAUUGGCCAGUCUAGGGUGUGACAUUACUGGUCUUGAGUGACCAGUCCGGGGUGUCCAGAGUCAGGCGGUUGCUGGGUUUCCACUGCCAUUAAUUGACUUGCUUUUAACUUCAAAAAACACUUUUAUAUUCAUCUAAAGAGUAGUGCAAGCAAUAAUGACCUAACUCACCAUAAUCAGCAAGCCUGAAAAAAAAUCCAAUACUGUACAUUAGCGGUGUGAGGUUCUUCACUUACUGUAAAUCGCACCUGAUCACGUGUAAACUAAUAUAUUAUCUCUGCCUGUCCUGACAUUUAAACGACACCUCACUGACACCUUUCAGAACUAUUCUCUUCUAAUUCAGAGUAUUACAUACAUACUGUUAAGCCUCUUAAUAUAAUCACUGAUAUGUUCAUAUGUAAUAAUUCACUGCUUGCAAUGUAGUAAUAUAACACAUUAAAGGCUACUAACACAACAUAAUCCAAAGACUACAGUUUUUAAAAAAAAUACAUAUAUUUACUUCAUUACACAUCAUUAUGUUGUAUGAUAUUCUAUUUUACAGUUGUACAAUAAUAUAUAUUAUACAUACAUAUUUUACAGGCUACAGUCUAUACCGUAAAGCAGUGGUCGGCAUAUACAAGAAAAAGAUAUAAGGUUAUUAAUGCAAAUUUCACGUAACUGUGGUGUUUUUUUAUUAUUAUUCUUUAUUACUUUAUUUUGACAAGGUUUUAUUCAGAUGAGAGUCUGUUGGUCUGUUUCGCUCCAGCCGCUUACAAGCAAGACUAGUCCCGACUGAACCCAUGUGACGCUGAGGAGGUUUUAGUGGAACGUGUCAUUGUGUAGGUGUAUUAGAAUUGAAUUCGUAUCAGUUGAUUAGCAUCUGCAUUCGUGUUCUAUUGGCGGUCUCCGUAGUUUCAUCUAUGUCCAUUUGCCCCUACAGUAGAUGUGGUUUGAGAGCCUGACAUUGAGAAGGCAUUGUACCACUGCUCAGGUCACCAGAGAGGAGUAACUCAACUAACACAUAUUGAUACCAAUUCAGUUUUGCACCCUGACCUUCUCAAUCACACUUGCCUAAACGUUUUAGUAGAAAAUUUAUAGUACAAUCAUUUUUGACAUACAAAAUCAUAGACCCAUACACACACAUACACAGUAUUCUAGAAAACUCUGAAGAAAAAUGCCAUUUUGUAAAUUAGACUGUUUACACUCCUUAUUGUAAAAAAAAAACAAAUACUGCCAGCAGCAUUGAAAAAUCUAAAAAAUAAAAAAAUAGGAAAUGUCUUUACUUUCUUAAACUACACUAAUUUCUGCAACUUUUUAGUCAUAUUGAAAAAAAUACAAUACAAAAAGUAACAUUUCCAGCAUUGAAGUCGCCAGCUUGAAUUUCACUGCCUGUAGUAUUGCUGAUUAUUGAUUACUGUGGUUGUUGCAACCAGCAAUCCUUGCAGCUUUAACUUGAAAGGCUGAAUCUUGUCAGAGACUUUAAAACACUUGCCGAACCACCAAAUUGCGUCGAUUUCCACAGCAACGCUACACACAUUUUGAGGGGCAGGGCGUCCUUAAAGGAAAGAAGUUGUUAAUAGUAUCGUUGAUUAUCAAUAUCAUUUCAGAAUAGCCACCCCGUAAUAUUAGUAUUGUGUAAUCUGGCCUGUCUUUACUCUACAGAUGCUAUGGUAUAGUGAAGAUGUUUCUGAUAUUGCUAGCACCUUGCUCUAACUUAUGAUCCACAAUCGGAUGAAAUGCUGCAGUUCUGUUGUUAUUGAGUUUGUUGGGUUUUCGUUUCCCCUUUGUUUGAAAGAUGUCCUAUUUUGUCUACUAUUCUGACACUACUGUGAUGUGUUUUGCAAAACAUUAAAGUAGAAUGGAACAUUGUUUCCUGGGUUUUUGUACCUUAUUACUUCCUUUCUAUUGGCUGAACAGAUCAUGCCACUGUAGGCCUGUUGUGUCCACUGUAGAGUGUGGAUAGGCUAACGUGGCUAGUUGUACCCUUUAGCAAAUAUGCCAUGAUAUCUGGGUAAGUGUCCAGUGUAACGAAUGCUCACCUGUUUGCUUUCCACCAGCAGAUAGAUUGCUCUGUUGAUUUGCCAAAGGAAGUGAGAAGCCUGACUCUUCUGUUCUGUGUAAUUUGUUGUUGGGACAUUUGAUUUAAUAAAAAAAAAGAAACCAAGAAAAAUAGAAAGAAAAAUACAUGAUGCAGACAAUGGCUGUCCAGGUCAGACUGAUAUUGUGUAACACCAAGAAUGUCAGUGUAUGGGGAAAUUUUGAAUGUAGACAAAUUGGUUUGUGCUGUGACUUCGGUCACAAACACUGGAAAUGAUUCUUGGGAGAGGUCAUACAAUGUUUUGUUUUUGUUUUGUUUGCUGUUUGUUUAAUUUUCGCAAAUGACCACAAGAACUGCAUUUGCACUUUGGUUGACUUAUAAGAGUAGUGCUGCCCCUUUGAGCUUUUGGUGUUCCGGUUUAGGCAAUACACAAUCACAUACUUAACCCCCUUUUUCUGUCUUUUGUGACGAUUGUGACGUGACGUCCCAUGCAAGUCUUGGGAACUCGUGUGCUUCUUCAGCAGCCUACAUGAAGAGUUUGGCCUUGAAAGACCCCAUUUACCUAGUCGCUAUCUUUCGAAAUAGAUCAAUCUUUCUGUGACCAAAAGUAAAAAACUUUAUAUUCUUCCCAAAACCAUAGACAUUUUUUUUUUUUACGACAAGUGGUAAAAUUUUGGUCUUUUCCAGCAGCUUUAGUUUACCCUUAAGAAAAGUAAUUUCUAACCAAAUGAAUCUGACUCAAUUCACAAAAUGACUCAGAAUUUUUAUGUCUCCAAAAUCCUUUUUUCCAAAAAAGAAAAAGAAAGUUCUUCAAAUACCACCCCUGGAUAAAUAUGUUAAAAACCACUGUCUAAUGUGUCAUAUAAACCACUACAAGUUAAACAAAUCAACUUAAACACACUUUUAAUGGACAGCCUGGUGUGGCAACAAUGUCUCCAAAACAAAAACAGAAAAUAAUUGUUAAACAAAGAACUGCCACUUUUAUCAACUAGACAAGAGAUUUGCACUAAAGAAAAAAGUCUCCUGCCCAUAACCUGGUCUCAUUGAUUGGGCAAGGGGAAAAUAUCUUCCAUUUUUUAUUAAAUAGCAAUAUAAAACCAAGAGAAAUGUCAGAACACAUUCAUCAACCACAUUCUGAAUGAAAGAAAGAAAUAAGUGUGCACUGAUGAUACUAUAUUACAUGUUUUCAUUUUGUGUGAAGGAACUGGUCUCUGAGGAGAAUGUUUUUUUUUUCGUAUUUAUUUUUAUUGUUAUUUACUGUUAUUGGCCUUUUCUGAGUGUAAUAGAAGUAAAAUCAGUCUUUUCCUUGUCUCGAAAUGGUGGUUGUCUUUCUUUUCUUUUUAUUUAACUAAAAAAAACAAUCUCCCUUUGUAGGAUUGAUCCUUCACUUAAUGGCCAUGCUUAACACAGAUCCUUGCUUAGCACAGAUCCUUGUGAUAUUUAGGGUUUCUUGUGCUGGUCUCAGCAUAUAGCUUAUGUGAACUUCAUUUUUCCCCACUAAGUGCUGGUAAUCUUCAUGCAGCAUAAUAUGUGGACAUAAUAGACAGUCCACUACAUGCUGUUAUGGAAAAUAAACAAUGGAAAAUUGAGUGACACAGUUGAGUUAAAUUUGAAAUAAGUAAACCAGCAGUUCUAGACAUGCCACUACGAAAGUUCAUUUUUUACCAGUUUUCCUGCAGGAGUAUUCUUUUUUUCCCGAAGGGAGAUUGUAUAGAUCAACAGCCAAAUUCAUGUUAGAGUACCUUAAUCAGCAUGUUAUGGACGUAAUCGGCCUUUCUGUGCAAACUGCGUUUAUCAGGCCUGUGGGAAAGAUGUCAGGUGACAAAGGGGGCAAAGACAAAUGUGAAAUGGUAAAAGUUUUUUUUUUUUUUUUCAGAAGAUAGUAUUCAGCCUCCUGUGCUUACUUCUUAUGUUUCUAUCACCAGAGGUAUUUGUAGCUUGUGUUGUAUUGUUGGUAAUCCAUCAAUAGACAAUUUCUAAACUAUACGAAAAACUGCUGGAGUUAGUUUCGAGCGAAUAAAUAGCCCAGUAUCUGAAAUAAUGUGCAGUUUUAUUUUUACACCUUUAUAGAUGUUUGUGUUGGUUUUAUUUAAGAGGGGAAGACUAGCAACAUUCUUCAGAUUUUUCAGUUCUGAUUCCUCGGCACUUUUGUUGAUGUGACAGUGUGUUUUAUUUGUAUCAAGGGAUUUUUUUCCUUCCGCCGUUGUUUGUUUUUGUCUACGAAACAAAACAAAAAAAUAGAACACGUAAUAAAAUGAAUAAUGUUUCUCUUGCCAGCGUGUGGUGACUUUUUUAUAUCUAGAGAACCAUUUCAAUGUGCCUUCUUCUCUUUUCUCUUUGUAACUCUUGGUGAAGCUAUUCGUAGUUAAGAUGCUAGCAUAUAUAUCUGUAAAAUUAAUAAUGAGUACCAUGAAAAAAAAAUUGGAAUACCAGCUUGAGAUCAAUGUUCUUUGCACUAUAUACCCCCCAAAUUGCUUUUAUCUGGUUGUUUUUUUUUUUUUUUUUUUUUUUGUAUCGUGAUGUGUAUUUAUAAACGGAAACAAAUAAAUGAAUCAAAUUAAAA